UCUUCCAUGCUUGGAGCAACAAGGGAAGAGAAAGCACUCUAAAGACCAGACUGGGAUCCACGAAGGGCUGGCUGAGAAGUUUUGAGCAUGAAAUAUUCACAGCCAUUAAGAGACUUCCAAUUUAAUUUCUCAUCCUGCUUAUUCUGUAGUUCAUAUUAACUCCACAGUGCUGAAGGAACUGAACAAGUGGACUUUUAGACAUCAGAUCACUGGCCAUGGUGUUGGCCAUGGCGUCUCAGGAUACUCAGAACCUGUUCCAGCCUCUCUCUUCCUGGAUAUCUCGGGUGUAUGAAGCCCUCCAGCAAGCAGGGGAUGUGUUAUCUGCCUCGUUGGUUAACUUAAGCAAACAAGACUCUAAGUUGAAUGACAAGCUAGACCAGGACUUAGAUGAUACUCAGAUUCAGGAAACGUACUUUGAAGUUGAAGAACAAAUCAAUGACGGGAGUCAAGAGGACACACAUUCCUUGUUUCUUGAAGUGGAUCAUUUUUCUUGUUGCAGUAGUGAUUUGCAGGACUCUGCCCAAAGCUCAAGCCCUAGACUUAGCCAACCUGCAAAGGACUCAUGUUCCAUAAUAUCCCAGUGGCCCAAUCAGACCUGUGAUGACCAAAAGCCACCACAUGUGCUUUCUUCUAUUGCUGAGGAAGAACAUCACCUUGAACAGCAAAGGAGUGGCCUUCAACAUGACUUUGAGAGCCACCUCUCUGGUAUUUUAGAAAAUGUUUAUGGAAAAAAGCAAGUGAACAGCUUUGGAAAUGAUGAAGAGCUGUGCACAUCUUCUGACACUGACGAAGAGGUGAUGAAGCAAUUUGAGAUUUCUGUGUCCCGGUCCCAGAGCUUCCGGUCAAGAGUGUCUGAGAAAGGCAAGCAGACAAGAUCAGAGCAGAAACCAAAAGUCUGCCAUUUGCUCUCUACCGGGGAAGAGGACAGAACCCAGGUGUCUGCCUGUGAAGAUUUGGAUGGAGCAAGGCAACUGCAUUAUUCUGAGAAUUUGUCUUAUGGUGAAGAUGAGCCCACCUCUGCCCAUGCACAGUCCCUAUGUGAGGUGGGGGAUACCAGGCACCAUGGUGCAUCUCCCCAGGAAACCAGUGUGGUCCACAGGCUCAGUCGCCAGUCCACAGAGGGCAGCUUGGAGAUGGAAGCCGCUUUUAAUAACCGGGGACUUGAAGACUCCUAUGCCACUGAUAGUUCCUCCGUGUGGAGUCCAGAGGAGCAGGAUGGGGCUGAUUUUCAGCUGCCAUCAGGGGUCCCAGAGCCCAUCUCAAAGUGUGGUGAUCUGGAUGUCAUCUUUGAAUAUAGAGCUGCCAGCCAGAAACUCACAGUGACCAUUGUGAGAGCACAGGGCCUUCCGGAUAAGGACCGAAGUGGCAUCAACUCCUGGCAAGUUCAUGUAGUCCUGCUGCCCAGUAAGAAACAGAGGGGCAGGACGAGCAUUCAGAGAGGGCCCAACCCUGUCUUCAAGGAGAAGGUCACCUUCACCAAGCUAGAGCCCAGAGAUGUGGCUGUCUGUGCCGUCCGCUUCCGCCUGUACGCUGCCCGCAAGAUGACCCGUGAGAGAAUGAUGGGAGAGAAGCUGUUCUGUCUCAGCCACCUGCACCCAGAAGGGGAAAUGAAAGUGACUCUGGUUCUGGAGCCAAGAAGUAACAUCAGUAGUGGAGAGUCUCCGCUCAGCCCAUCUGCCGUUUCUCACAGUGAUAGUGCUUCAUCCACGCAGUCGCUGUCUCAUGGAGGGGCACCAGAGCUGUUGGUGGGGCUGUCCUACAAUGCCACAACGGGGCGAUUAUCUGUGGAAAUGAUCAAAGGCAGCCAUUUCCGAAACCUCGCUGUGAACAGAGCGCCUGAUACAUAUGGAAAGCUCUUUCUCCUCAAUUCUGUGGGUCAAGAGAUGUUCCGCUGCAAGACGUCCAUUCGACGUGGUCAGCCCAAUCCUGUCUAUAAGGAGACCUUUGUUUUCCAGGUGGCCCUCUUUCAGCUCUCUGAUGUCACCUUGAUGAUCUCCAUUUAUAACAGGCGCACUAUGAAGCGUAAAGAGAUGAUUGGUUGGAUUGCUCUGGGUCAAAACAGUAGUGGAGAGGAGGAACAAGACCAUUGGGAGGAAAUGAAGGAGACCAAAGGCCAGCAGGUCUGCAGAUGGCACACCUUGCUCGAAUCCUAGGUUUGCCCACAGGUGUCUCUAUGCUACACCCCUCUUGGUGAGCCUAGUGGUUGACCUCUAACACCAACUCAGUGUAUGCUGGCAGGCUCUUUAAAGACAGGCUUUCAAAUAGGGAUUGGAUUCCACUAACCACUAGAACAUUCUGUGUGGGGGGUGGGGGUGCUGUGAGGAGAGGAGAUCUUUGGUUUUCUCAAGGUUUGAAUUGGAUUUAAGUAUUGUGAUUUUAAAAAAAAUUCUACAUAUACAGUCAACUAUGUGGAAAAUGUUACCAUAGUUGCAAGCAGUGAUGACGAGUUAAUUUGUGUUAAUAGGUUAUUGAGGUGGUUCAGGCUGUGGGAUGAAGCUUCUCUUGCUCUCUCUUCUGUUUGCUCGAACAGUAACCUCAGAUUGCAAGGGAGCUGUUAAAUGUUAUUGUUUGUAACCACUUACGCGUAUAAAUCAGAAUUGUCUUAAUAUGGUGCAAAAAACUCCAAAAUACAGAAAUGAGUCAGACACUCAAAGAAGAAUGUAACUGUCACCCAUAGUCUCCUAUUUCACAUUUUUCUCUUUUUCAAACCCGCCCUCACUUAUUUACCUAACAAACAAAUGUCAUAAACGUGCACUUAUAAAAGAAAUUUGUAUUAAUUAAAUACCUCUUUCUAUUGAAUAUAUUGUUAUUUCCUAUGAGGUUUGGUUAGCUAAAUCAUUUUGAAGCUAAAAAAUAGUUCAAAAACGACUGUUGAAAGACCACUUGUCUCCUUUGAAUAUAUUUUAGACUUGUAACUUCCAAGGUUUUUAUGCUCUUUUUCUCACCUAAUAAAUUCUUGCAGAACGAGAAGAAAACCAAAACUACCUAGUUAAGUCAUGGAUUUAUUGAUUUUUCUGAAUCUAGUGUUUUCCUUUUACAUUAUACUUUUUUCUAUAUGCAAUGACAUAUUCAGACAUAUAUUUUGAAUGUACACCUGCAUGUGAACCAUACUUCUUAUGCAGUAUUUUCCAUCGGUAGAGCAUAGUAAAUUGUAAACAGUGGGUCUUUAAUAGUGUCGAUUCGACGGACUCUUAGAAAUGAAUGUGUUAAAAUACCGGUGAGUGGAGAAAUAUUUCCAGCUUGUGUGGAAUGACACUAAAUCUUUCUUGCAGCAUUUGAUGUGCCUAUAAUUGUCAUAUUUCAUGGCAUUUGCAGCAACAUGUGAUAGUCACUGCCUGCCUCUGGGCACGUGCCAUUUGGAACAGUGACGUUGUGUGGUUAUGAGCAUGAAAUUUUACUUCCAGCUGACUUUUACAUAGCUGUGCAGUGCAUGUUUAUUUCAUUUUUUUCUUAGAUCUGAGCCCUUAAUUUCAAUUACUUUAAAUCGGCUGUCACAGACAAAGGGAAGGAAUGUGUGCACAUGUCACACUGCGCCCGUGUGCAGCUCUUCCGAGCAAUUGCCCAGGCACUUAUUUUUAGCUUUUGUGUUUCGCUGUUGACUUCUUGCUGUCUGUGGGAAGAGCGAUAGCUAGUGAUGGAUGUAUACAGUUAAAAACACAUAACUCCUCCUCAGCUCUACAUUUGGACAGAUUGUAAACGUAGGCUGUAACACUGGAAGAACAUAUUUAUUCCUUACAGCCUGUGAUGGUUAUCCCGACAAGACCAGCCUAGGGCAGAGGAUAACCCUACCGUGCUUUUCCGUUCCAACGUUGGAAAGAAGUGCUUUCAUAUAGAAUAAUCAGAAUAAGCAAAAUAAAUUAAUAUCUUCAUUUCUUUUCAGGUCACGGGAGUUUCACAUGUCAUGCCUUUCAGUUACUAAGUAAUAAAACCGUGCCCUUCUGGGUUUUUACCCCCUGUCUUCCUUGGGAAGACCUCAAAGUGCUUUUCCAACGUUAUAUCCAUUAACUGCUGAGUGGUCUUUGCAGUGUGGCUGUGUCAUCGAGCAGAACUGAGUGCAAUUGAUUAAGUAGCGGCACGAAGAAUUGGCUUUUCACAUCCCUUACUCUCUUUAUGUGCUUGUGUUUAAAGGGAAGUAGAGCAGCCUUGUUAUGCCUGCCUUUAUGCAGUCACAUAAAAGCAGCAUUCACUUUAUAAUUUACAUUUGAAAAAAUCUGCAUAUAUUGGACAGACAGUCCUGGAUCCCCUUCCCUCCUCCCCUCAUAUCUUCCUGCCCUAUGUUUCGCUGCACCCGUCUGCUCACGGUGACCAAGAAUCACCUCCACUUCCUUGUCUGCUGCCUGGACCCACCCCUUUGUAAGGGUUUCUGCUGGUGUAGUGAAGGUAUCUGUGUGUGUGAUCUGCUUCCCAGUGGUCUGCCAAGGACAUACAGUUGCAGGAAUGUGCAGCAUCUGAAGGGAAGAGAUGCCUGAAAAGCACUUUUAGUGUUUAUAAUUUUACAAUGUUGGUGCUACUCACCGUGUGGGAUGUAUGCACGCCUUUAAUAUGCAGCAGCAUCCACCCUAACACUGAUGCACACAUAUAAAAUGCUAAUGACAAGACACAUGAAAAUCUGAGGCUGGAUUUUUUUUUUACAUUGAUUUGAAAUUCUGGUUUACUAAGAUCUUUCGAUUUUGUGCACUUAAACUCCCUGGUUUUCUUGGCAGUCUAGACAUGAUGUAUUUCACAUGGUUUUCACUCGAGCUUUCACAUCUACAUUUGCUUUUCAAAGGAGUUAGGAGAGAUAAUUAGUUGGUUCUGAAGUGAAAAAGCUGCUCUUACAUAUCUAGCUGAUAACUAAUAUCUCACAGGGACAUUGCAAUUGAGGAAGCACCAGUAUUUGUUGCAUGAGUUGUUCUCGCCAUGAUUUUUCCUGAAGAGGUGCUUUGUAAAUAAGAUUGUUGAGAGAGAUGCAUGCACCGGGUUUAUGGAAAUUGGCCCUCUAGUGUGCCUUCUUGCGGGGCAGAGUUCACACUGAAUUGUGAAGUGCUGGUUUUACCCAUCACGGUGGCUGCUCUUGCGCUCCCUGCUACCCUCUGACUACUGUUGGGUUUGUAAAUGGGCCAUUCACCAGGCAGCUGAGCACCUGCUCUCUCACUACUGACCCCCUCACUGAGUCCCAGUGUGAUGCUCAGUUGUUUGGGACCGACUUUGCUGAUGUUGCAUAACUGUGAGGGAGGCCUUGCCUCCCUAACAGAAGUACUUGUAAUGCCGUUAGAUGUAUUACACUCAGCAUUCUCCCUGUACAAAGUUUGAGAAAGAAUCCUCACCACGGUUUCAAGGGGAAAAGAGAGUAUGGUACCGCGCUGUCACUCAUUCACUCUGCUCCUCCUUCAAAGACAAUAAUUGACCUCAAGCGUUGAGUUCCUCUGUAGUGCUAGGUGCUUCAGGCAGCUUGCGCAAUAUUUUACAACUUGUUGAUGCCUCUUGGGCAGUAACUGUGCUGUACAUCCUGGCUGCACUAGACCGUCUUAUCUGAGAAUCAAAACUCUUUUCUUUUCAAGUGAAGCAUUAUUUAAGCUGAAAUUACUAUCAGGUUACGUGAAAGAGCUUCUCUGAUAGCCAGUGAAUUGAUUAAAUUAUGGUUCAUUGUGGACUUUGACUUGUGGAUUUCCCCUAAGCCUGGCUAUCCUUUUGCAACAGAGGACUUACUACAUUAAGAUCAGAUAACUGAGGAGGAAAUGAUUACUUGUAGAUGACCUAACACCAAAUGAAGGCAUAUUAUUUAAUAAUAAGGAAAUGACAACAAAGCUCAUGGGGCAUCAUUUCCACUUAACUUUGAGGAAACUGUGACUAAAGAACAUACGUUCCACUCUGUUUGAUUCACAACAAAAGUAACUGAUAGAUAAUCCUGAAGUGGCAAAAGUAUUUUGCCCUGAAAAAGUCAUUAUUUUAUUCCAAAGAAAAAAAGCUAUGCAAGCCAUAAAAAACCAAACAAUCCUAUAUCAUAUGUAUGGAAGAAUGAAAGAAUUAAUAAGUUGGAGAACUUCAGUGUCUACCAGCAUAGAGUCAAGAAGAGUAAACUAAGAAUCCAUAAGACAUUUCAGGCUAACUAGCUAUCAUUUUUUUCACAUCUUGCAGAAUUCUACAAAACAAAGUUGAGGGAAAUGAGGCUGGUCUAACACAACCCAGAGGAGUUGGCACAGGCUGUGGUCUUAGCCUGGGUUUGGGUGGAGCUCUGCUAACUGUGUAGCCUUCUGAAAAUUACUUAUCCAGCCUGUGUCCCUCUUUCUUCCACUGGAAAAUGGAAAUAAUAUCUACCUCAUAAAGUUUUGAAAAAGACAUUAAAGAAUUAACCACACAGUCUGGCAUAUAGUAAGCAUUCCAUAUUCCCCCUCGCAAUCAUGCUUUAAAAAGAAAAAAAAAUAAUUUAAGAUUUGUUUCUAUUUCUAGUGAAAGUAAUGGUAACAUUAGAGGAAAACUAAAAAUGUCCAGAUACUUUUAAAAGGCUAGGCUCAUGGAGCUAGUCUGAAUUUGUAAAGAAAGGAAGUCCUACUGGGGCAACCUUAGAAGUGAUAGCCUGUGUAUGGAGGAUUUGAGCCUUAAUAAAUCCCCUAUGAGGUAUAAUAACAAAAUCUUUGUUUUUUUGCCCCUCCUCCCCCAUCUCAAGGAGAUGCAAAAUUUUAGUGCUUGUAUGCACAUCUUAAUAAAUCACACAUAAGGCCUCUCCUUGUCCCCAGCUCUUCUCUAUUACUUGUACCUGGACAGAGCAUCUUGUCACCAUCAAAAGAAUUGGCGAAGAGGGCAAUUUGCAGACAUGUUUCAACUUUGAUCUGAAAAACUAAAAUAAGUGGUGUGGCACUAUACUGACACUCUUCUCAAAACAGGUAACACUCACUUUUUUUUUUUUGGCCAAUAUUAUACAUCCAUACUAUUUCCUUAUAGGCAAAAAUUUUAAAUGAUAUAAUAAUGCAGCUAUCAAAACUCACUGAACUGGCUAGACUGGAAAAUUCUAUUCAGGACCAAUUAUUUAUCACUGUUUCCCUUAAGAGAUUUAAUGAAAUGAAUUUUAUUAGAGUUGACACUAACUUCUUUUUGAAACGUUUUAAGAGUUACUUACUGAUAGAACAGAAAGUAUGUUCAGUUGUGAUCAAGUGUUCAAACUUUGAGUAAAGAGGCGAGUUUCCUGAGGAUUUAGAAAAAGCUUUGUGGACCUUUGAUCUAAAUAAGUGGUCAAUAAUGAAUCUCCUCAAAUUUAGCAUAACCAGGCGCCAUGAGCCUGUCAUGGUCUACUUGUGGGAUGGGGACGUGUAAGGCUAUAUUCCCAAUAUUGCCAAAUUGCCAACAUGCUGGUUCAAGUUCUGGGCUUCCCAAUUCAGG